CGGUGCGGGCCAGUCGGUGCGGGGCGGCUGCGCUGAGCGCUGUGCUGAGCGCUGCGCUCCCUUCCAAGAUGGAGUUUCUGCUGGGCAACCCGUUCACCACCCCGGUGGGGCAGUGCCUGGAAAAAGCUACCGAUGGCUCCCUGCAAAGUGAGGACUGGACACUUAACAUGGAAAUCUGUGACAUCAUCAAUGAGACAGAGGAAGGUCCUAAGGAUGCUAUUCGGGCACUGAAGAAGAGGCUCAAUGGAAACAAAAACUACAGGGAAGUGAUGCUGGCGUUAACGGUGUUGGAAACCUGCGUGAAGAACUGUGGCCAUCGCUUUCACGUCCUUGUGGCAAAUCGAGAUUUCAUCGAUGGCGUCCUCGUGAAAAUCAUCUCCCCCAAGACUAACCCUCCUACCAUUGUCCAGGAUAAAGUUCUAGCUUUGAUUCAGGCUUGGGCUGAUGCUUUUCGAAGUAGCCCCGAUCUCACUGGCGUGGUGCAUAUUUAUGAGGAGCUGAAAAGAAAAGGGAUCGAGUUUCCCAUGGCAGACUUAGAUGCCCUCUCGCCAAUACACACACCACAGCGGAGUGUUCCCGAAGUAGACCCAGCAGCAAACAUGCACCGAUCCCAGUCUCAGCAGAGGAUGAGCACCGGGCCCUAUUCCGCCCCUUCUCCUACAUCCUACACAGCUCCUCAAGCCCCGUCUUUGAAUGUGACUGGACCGAUCACCGCCAAUUCAGAACAGAUCGCCAGACUGCGGAGUGAAUUGGAUGUUGUCCGUGGAAACACCAAAGUCAUGUCCGAGAUGCUAACAGAAAUGGUCCCCGGACAAGAAGAUUCGUCUGACCUUGAGUUGCUGCAGGAACUGAACCGGACCUGUAGAGCUAUGCAGCAGCGAAUUGUGGAACUCAUCUCCCGGGUGUCCAACGAAGAAGUCACCGAAGAACUGCUGCACGUGAAUGACGACUUAAAUAAUGUCUUCCUCAGAUAUGAGAGGUUUGAACGAUACAGGUCAGGUCGUUCCACCCAAAACGCCAGUAAUGGAGUUUUGAAUGAGGUGACAGAGGAUAACUUAAUAGAUCUGGGUCCUGGGUCCCCAGCGGUAGUGAGUCCGAUGGUUGGAAAUGUGGUACCGCCAUCUUCUCUCUCCUCACAGCUUGCGGGCCUUGACUUGGGGACGAACAGCGUCAGUGGAACUCUCAGCUCGCUCCAGCACUGUAACCCCCGAGAUGACUUUGACAUGUUUGCCCAGACGAGAGGAAGUUCCCUGGCUGAGCAACGUAAAACGGUAACCUAUGAGGAUCCUCAGGCCGUUGGAGGAAUGACUUCCGCCCUGGACAUUCGAAAACAAAACCCUGGAGUGAGGAGAGGGAAAGGUGGGAAUUCUGUCAUGGAGCCUAUAGACAAGUGGCUAAUUACACAAGGAAUGAUCCCCGUUGCUCAGUCCUCUGUUAUGGAUGACAUUGAGGUGUGGCUCAGUACAGACUUGAAAGGUGAUGAACUAGAGGAAGGAGUCACAAGCGAAGAGUUUGACAAGUUUCUAGAAGAAAGGGCCAAAGCUGCUGAAAUGGUUCCUAAUUUACCCUCGCCACCUGCGGAGGCACCGGCCCCCCCAACGAAUCCUCCUGGCAGGAAGAAGUCAGAGCGUUCUGAAGAUGCCCUUUUUGCCCUGUGAGGAGACCUCUUGGUCAUCAUCCUCGUGCUCUGCAGAAGAAUGUUGCCCUCUGGUCGUACCAUCUUUUCUCCAGCCAUGGCAACCAGCACCAUGUCUCCUCCCGCUUCCUCCUCUGAUGGAAUCUCUUCUGUCUUUGAAAGGAAGCGCCACAUUGGAACCCCGUUCGGUUUCCCAUCAGACUCUUCAACCCUCGCUUUUAGCCACCUUUUUCCAUCUGGGCUGUGUGAUAGCGGGCUGCUCUGCUGAAACCCACCCGUCUCUCCUAUUUUCCAUCACUUCCUGAAAAGUGAAGCUGCAUGAAUUCCAUUUACCCUAUUAAAACCCAGGUCUACCCGAAAAAGUGGCUGGAGCGGAGGAUCCCGAAGCCGAGGUGGUCUAGGUCCUCCGUUGCAGGCCGGUCUUGGGUGAUUGGCUGGUGGUACAAGCCGUCCCUGAAUGAAGCAGCAGGGAGGAGCUUUGCAUCCCCAGCUCCAAAUCUAAAUUCGUGUACCCUGCUGAAGGUAGGAAGCCAAGAACUCAGCCGUCCCCCUCUUUCACCAUUCUGUCCCCCGCUCUCCCGACACAGUGUUUCUAAAGAUGAAGCCCUCUGAGUUUUUCUUGCUUCCGUUAUUUUUCCCCUCUUUCAGAAACACUGACUCGGGGAGACUUGAACGGGGUGAUCCGAUUGGAGUUCAUCUGGCUUCCCUCCUUCAGCUUUCCAUCAUGAUAGUUGAAGUUGGCAUGGUUAAAGCAUAACGGUGUUUGGAGGGCCCAGCAUUGUGAACAUCUGUCUCUCCAGGGUUUGUUGGUCUCCGUUAUAGUGCGUGUGUCACAGUGUUGACUGAGAGGUUUGGUUUCCUCAUUCAGAGGAUACCCCCCUUCUUGUUUUUCUUUGCAGUCAUCCUCUGGGAAAGACCCUGCUGUCAGGCUGUGUACAUUAAAUGUUGUCCUCUUGCCUGGUGGAACUUGAAAUUCCACCUAGGAAUGCCUGCUGGGUUGGUGGAGGUGGGGAGGUGCCGUACUCAGACACUGGGUUGGAGGGGAAAGCUAGCGGUUAAGUCCAUCUGUGGAAACUAACGUUGACCCAUUCACGUGUCGACCACGGGGCCCUCUUUCUUGUUGACAUCAACUGACAUUGACAACACUAACCAGAGCUUUGGAAACAGAAAGGUUUCCUCGCCCGGGCCCUUUCCUCUACGGGGUUGGGGGGCACUGACCAGGUUGCUUUGACGUCUCUACCUCCUAAAAGCCAUCUGAUCAUUAGGGAUGACCAGCCACACGGUUCUGCUGGUCUGCCCAGACCGCGACAAGAUCGAUGGGUGAGAUGACACUAAGGCACAGCUGCGCUUCUCCAGACUCUGGGCUGGGCUGGCUUCCACAGAGCAAAUUGAGAUUCUAAACCUUUCGUGGUGGAAUGUCCUGGAACAUUUAUUUCCUCACUCUUCCUGCCCCCCGACAGCCUGCAGCGAGCGAGCCAGGGUUUGUUGGGAGUCCGGAGAAGCCAACUAACAAGGUUGAAUGGCCCUGCAGAGAGGAGCCCAGGGAUGUGUCUGAAAAGACCCUGAGCACACAAACAACCCUUCUCACAAGACUUAUAUUCCUUUAGUGGGGUUGGAAAUACGAGAGGAGCAGGGGAUUUUUGACUAGGGAUCUGCCCCUACUUUCCACUGCCCGCCAACCUCCUUUCCCCAGAACCCUGAGCCUACGUGGCCCCGGGCAGAGCAGCUGGGCGGUGGGUGACCUUGCCGCUGUACUGAAACUGGAAGGAAAAUGCCGCCGCAGCCAAAAGAGCUGCCCUUUUGACUUCCCUUUUCAGGCACUGAUUGAAGUUGGCUAACACCAGCCUCCCCUCUGCCAGUUUUGGGAGCACUGGCUUCAACCAGCUGAUGCACCGCAGUCUGACCCAAGCUUGGCCGAACCUGCUUCAUUCAGGCUCGUUGGAUCAAAGUCUGCUCCCAUUGUGACUUGGGCAGAAAUGUCUGCAGUUAGAACCUGGACCCAGGGGUAGCCCUGGGUCGGCUCUGCCUCCCGACGGUCCACCUUAUCCUGUGCGGUUUCAGCCAGCUCUGGCCUCUCCGGUCGUCAGCCUCCUUGGGCAAGUGGGCUUGGAGACCCAGCCCCUGUUAGCAAAAAACUGACCUCGUUGACAUAUAACCUCAGGGAGGAAACGAUAUUUCCUAGGCAAGGGCCAGGCUCUGGAGACCCGACUAAGCAGCUUCAGGUUCCGGGCCAGCCCGAACGUGGUUCUUGUAGCCCAGACGGAGGCCAGAUUUGGCACCAGCUAAUUAUCACGGUGAAUUCUUUCAGCAGCGGUGCGAGCCCCUCAAAAUCUCCAGACCCAGCUGAGCACCAACUGGCCCCCGCCUUUGGAGAAGAGCAUAGUGGGUGACAGGGAAGUGUAGCGAGGCUAGCCAGAGGAGUGCUGCCCAGCAAAGCCCCGUGGCCAUUCCUCCCCCAGGGAAGCUGAGAGGAGGGCAGCUAGCAUAUUGAAACCAGGUUGCUUCCAACUACAACUAGAAAUGUGCCAGAGAUCACUGGCCCAGACCCUUAAGAUUGGACUGCUGGUUUCCCUCCUGCAAACCUUUCUUUCUUGGGCCUCUUCUCUCGUAACCUCUUCCUUUCUCAUGUGGUGGUGGUCUCGAGCUCUCCCCACCUCCUCCCUGCACAUGUUGUUCAUCCUCCCUUUCUCUUUUCUCUCUUUCGUGAGCAUGUCUUUCCAAAGGUUUUAGUGGGCGGCAUGGCUUCUCCCUGUUGCCUUUUCUUCCUGGAAGCCAUAAAUGCAAAGCUGGUGCUAGAAGGGAGAUGUCGGAGACAGCUCAUGGUAAACCAAGGGAGCCAAGUGUCUUUCCUUGGCCUUCCGGGACCAUCUUCCACCAGAAGCAGGAACAGCCUUGGAGUUUCCGGAGUGGGCCAUCGUGGUCUCACCGUCUUUCUGCCCCACCUUGAUUUAGUUAUUUCCACUGUCCCAUUGCUGCCAGGGAUCUCAAUUUCCCAACCCAUAGUUGGGCUCCAGAGAAUCUACUCAAGAUCAUCUGGAUUGUUUUGUGAAUCAUCGCGGGAGGAGGUGACUAUCUUAGACCACACAGACAAUAGCAAGAGGAUUUCUUUCAUCUGCCUGGAAUAAGGCAUCUCCUUGAGAUGAGUCCCAAAUCAAACCCCCAUCUUCCCUGUUGGGUGGAAGAUGGCUAUGCCUCUCUCUGCCAUUUCUCCCUGUUUCUUGGAUCCGUUUCCCUUGUCCAUCACAGGCAGCUCAUCUAACCCUGUUUAUCCCAGUCCUGAGGAAACAACAUGGCUGAAGUAGAGUGUUAUAUUUAGAAAAUUUGGUCGCUGACUCUUGAGGGGGGAUUCUCCAAAGCAGGGGAAUGGGGGUACAGCGGCUUUACCUCUGCAUUGUUCUAGCUAGCAGUUUAGGAGCAAUGUACCAUUGCUGGGCAUUCACUGUUUCCGGUCACCCAUGUGAACCCCUCCCCAGAACAGGGAGGUCUCUAGUCUUCCCUUCUCGGUGGAAAGAAAGAGCUGAAGCAAAGUCCCCACCGCCGAGUCUGGCUUUCCACCUCACCCACUCAGAGGCGGCUGUGUGGGCAGUGGCUUCGUGCCUGUCGUUCUAAUUUGUCCUUUUAGAAUCAGCUUUCUGGCUCUGAGCGCUAGUCCUCCCUCUCCGCUCUUCUCAGCAAGGUGGAGAUAGCGUGGUUUUGAAUAGCUGCAGUGGUUGGCAGAUUUUUGCCCCCUGCCCCUGCCGCGCUGUCCAUGAAGUAGGGUGAGGGCACAUAUCCUGGGGAAGAGAGGAGGCCCUGCGCCCAGAGGGGCUGGGUCCAGCGUACAAGAUUCAGUGUCCAUAAGUAGACAGAUCCCAUCUGUCACCACAUCCUGGUAACCUCCACUAGAUUCCUGUCUCUAGUGGCGCACUGCAGUCGAGAAAGCCCCGCCUUAGCUCUCGCUCACACGUGUUCUUUCUGACCGCUAGCCAUUUGGAUGGAGUUGUGUAAUAUCCUGCAUCAGGAUGUCUCUCAAUCCCUUCUCGUGGCUCUGGUCCUCAUCGUGUUAGCCGGGAGGCCCCGAGGCCCUCCAGAUUCCCCGGUCUGUGCCGUCACAUCGGGUGCUGGGGGAAGGCGGACACCCGCAACUCAGCGAUGGGCUUUUGGCUUCCUCCCUCCCCCUCACUGUCAUGUUUUCUGAUGUGGGUCAGCAGAGCGAGAGAAUCACUCCUAUAUCCCACUCCACAGAGUCAGGCUGUGAAGGAGAAAAUACGAUCACUUUAGGAAGAAUCACUGUGUUAGAAAUCGCGGAUACAGUAUGUACUUAAUUAUACUAAAUUAUUGUUGGGGAUCCUUGUAAGCUCUAAUUAUAUCUGAUUAUAGGUUAAAAUAUUUAUUUUGUCACAAUAUUUUCUUCGGGGUAUAUUUAACUUCGGUAUUCUCAUUGUGUGCUGAGGUGUGAACAAUUUACUCAUUUCCAUUUUCCUACCUUUUCCUUUUGGGGGGAAUUGGGGAGGAAGGGUGUAGCUCAAAACAGUUGCAUAAAUUAGAAGCUGACCUUCAGCCAUCGCCCAGAGAGCAAUGCCCUAUGGGGGGAGCCUUACGACAUUGAAUGUCCGUUCUGAGAGAUAUGGCAUUGGUCAGCGGAGGCCAGACCUCUUGGAAAUCUGUCUUCUGUCAGUCUCCUCUGUUCUUCUGAUCCCGAGUCCCCGUCAAAACACUUUGAUCCAAGCAGCGGUGCUUUUCCUCUGCCAAGCAUAGCACAAAGUUGAAUUUCUCUUCCAGCCCCAGAGAGGAGCCCAAGAGGGCAAGUGACUCAGGAGAGAGCAUCUUCCCCGGGUUUCGAUGUGCCUCUGGAGCCAUCUCCUUUCUCUAACAUCUAGUGAUCCUAUUGGCUGCAAUACUCCCAGCCCAAUCCUCAGGUUCUUGCUGAAGAAACACUACACUGGGCAGGUUGGGGGGCUUUAUUUGCCAAAAUCCCAGUUACUAGUUCACUUUGCAGCCCCCUCUUCCUCUCCCCCCCCCCCCAUUUUACAAGCAGGUAGUCUGCCCAAACCCAGGCAGGGCCUGUAGAAGUGGAGCUCUAGCCUUGUCCUAACAGUCUAGUUCCUUAUUUCCCUCCCACCCUCCCGGGGGGAUGGCAGGCCCUGCCCCGUCCCCCUAUUACCACUCUUUAUAUUUAACCUCUGAAGCCUCAGCUUCAGACUGACAAUGAGCGCCCUGCCUAAGACACGUGGGCUGUUUUUCCUGGAAGCACUGGGACAGCCAACAGGUGCUUCUCCCCUCCCCACCCAGCCGCCCUGCCUGGCCUCUCCUCACAUACAGGUCUUCCUCCGAGGACCAGAGCAGGCCCGUGGGACUUCCUGGGAAGAAUCCAGAGAAAACAAACGGUUCAAUUGUACCACUCUGGGUUGUUCUCCUCUGAACCUCCCUCCCUGGAAGGUUUGGGCCUAGACUGGCUCUUUGCACAGUCAACCCCCUUGGCAGUUUUUGACCUUGGCACCUGCCCUCUACCGGGCUCGGGGCGGGGAGGGGCAGUCCUGGUCGCAGUGUUCCCUUCAGUAGGCCGAUUCCCCUCAUCCUCGAAGGGUUAUUUAAAGAGAUUGUUUUUUCUCUUUUCCCCCAUACACUACACACGUGGCAAUAGCAGACACUUUUUACCUGUUACUUAAAAGGAAAACACAUUACUCCAUUGACCUGAGAUUUUCCUUCUGAUCCCAUUUGGUUCAUUGGCCGAAACCCAUCUUGUCCACCUUUUGUCCCCUCUGACCCUUCACCUGAUCGGCCAGUUGGCGGUGAAUGGGCCGUUCUGGAAUUUUUCAGGGCGUACCUCUCCUCCUCUUCCGUCAAGUGUCAUUAACUCACUACUUCUCGUGUAACUCCGUGUACUAGUAGCUUCUCUCUGUAUAUUAAAGCUGUGGCUUUCCAGAUGAAAAAGGGGACCGCUAUUUAUUUACCGAAGAUGAUAUUUUUUUGAUUUAGGGUUUGGAGGAGAGAUGGGGAUGGGGUGUGUAUGUUCAAGUGGGUCAGGUUCAUUCUCAAACCGCCCGAGACUGGCUUUCAUGUUAGUGUUUUGUGUUCCCAUGGGCAAAGCCAGGGUGGGUUGGUGUGCAAGUACUUGGGGGUCAGGGUGAAACUGGUGUAUUCUCACCACUCGCUCUUGUUCCACAAACCAUCUCUCUAGUUUUGGUUCUUGCAUGUGAAAUACUCCAAUAAAAAAACACUAGUAGUGUGAACUGUACCGAGAAA